ACACUGGGAUUACACAACACUGAUAUUGUGAAACGACCCUUGGUUGCUUGUGUAAUACUUUCGUUUUUCUUCAAAAGUUUGGACAGAUUCUUUAACCAGCUUUAAAGCCUGCAUUGAAAUAAAUGACUAAAGGCUCAAAAAAAUAAAUAAAAUGAAAGUGAGUAAUGGGAGCAGCUCUUGGAAGCUAAGCAUGUUCCUGCUAGGGGUCUCUGUUAUCACAGUGCUGAACUGUGCUGGGCUGGUGUUUCUCAUCUUGCAGCACGACACUCUGUCCUCUCAGCAGAGAGAGUUGGCGGCUCGGCUGGAUGACUUUUCUAAAAGUUCUGUGGUGGCGUUCCUCUCCGAGGUAACCCGGGAUACAGCAGAGGAACCCGAACCACUCCAGUCCUCCCGGAACAAGAGGAGCCAGGAGCUGCGCGAGACCCACAUCCGAGCGGAAAACGAGGAGAUGCUCAUGAUGAUGACCUACUCCAUGGUGCCGGUCCGAGUGAUGGUGGAUUUGUGUAAUAGCACAAAAGGAAUUUGCUUAACAGGACCUCCUGGGCUACCUGGACCACCUGGCCUUGAUGGCAUGCCUGGAUACAAUGGAUCAAUAGGACUGCCAGGCCUGCAGGGAGCCCAGGGGAAACGAGGGAAGAAAGGUCCCCCUGGUGAGACAGGACCACCAGGAGAGAAGGGAGAUUGUGAAAUAGGUUUUACAGGCGAGACAGGGGCGCCAGGACCAAAGGGUGAAAAAGGAGAGUGCUGCAAUGAGACCAUAAUGACCGGUCCUCCAGGUGAAAAAGGGGAGCCAGGAGAAAAGGGGGAUAUGGGUGAAAAAGGUUUUCCUGGUAUGCCUGGAUUGCCAGGCAUAAAAGGGGAACCAGGACCAAAGGGUGAAAAUGGGGAGUCCUUCAAUGAGGUCAUAAUGGAAGCGCCUCAAGGACCAGAAGGUCCAGCAGGUCCUCCUGGCCCACCUGGGCCCCCUGGACCUCCCGGAGCCCCACGAAACAAAGGUCACAAAGCAAGGGCUCGGCAAAACACCAUUGUGACGGAUGCUGUACCAAAUGAUGAUACCUUGGCUGGAAAAAAUUUAAUGAAAGCCGAAGGACACCUGUUAAAGAAACCUGAAUGCAUCAUUAAAUCUGUAAACUGCACUUCAAAUGUAACAAAAAUGGAAACUACGUUUGGGACUUGGAUGCAGGAUACAUCAAGGAAUGAUGAACAUAUCUGGGUUGCUGAGCAUUUUUCAGGUCGGACGUUAAAAGAAUAUGACAACUUAGCAUCUUUCCACAAUGGCAGUGUCAAAGUUAUCGACCUUAGAAGAGCUGUCUUCCAGGGCUGUGGUCACGUUGUUCACAAUGGAUCUCUAUAUUUUCAUGUUGCCGGCACAUACAAGAUUGCAAAAUAUGAUUUUGAAAACGCAACAAUAAAAAAAAUUACUAUUGAGAAUGCCCUACACCGCAAUCUCAGCUAUCUCUUCCAGAAUUCCAAGACAUAUUUUAAUGUGGCAGUGGAUGAAAAUGGACUGUGGAUCAUCUAUGCUUCAAGCAUUGAUGACAAUAUUAUGGUAGCUCAACUGGAUGAAAAAACAUUUUCUGUUACCCAGCAUAUGAACACCACCUAUCCCAGAUCAAAGGCUGGCAAUGCUUUCAUUGCAUGUGGAGUCCUUUAUGUUACCGAUACAAAGGAUAUAAAAGUAACUUUUGCUUUUGAUUUAUUGAAAAAGAAGCCUCUGAAUUCUAGUUUUGAUUUAAGAUCAUCAAAUGGUGUGCUGGCAAUGUUGUCAUAUAAUCCAAAGGAUCGUCAUUUGUAUACAUGGGACAAUGGCUUUAUAACCAAAUAUAAUGUACAUUUUCUCUCCGAUGAAUAAUACACAAUUGUCUGUUUUAUGUAUUUCAAGUAGUGUUUUUGAAUGUCAAUUUUACAAUCCAGUUGACUAUUUGAUUACAUGUUAAUUUAAAAGUACAACAGUGGCAUUUUUUUUUUUUUUUUUUUUUUUUAAACAAUUGUUAACAGAAGAUUUUAUAUGCAAAAAUCUCAGAUUAAUUUAACUGUCCAACAUUUAUUAGUGAAGUAAUUGUUUUUACCCGUUGUACUCAAAGGACCUGGCUUGCUACAUGGACUAAACCAGUUAUCCUAUUACACAGAUUGUAUGACCAGCUUUUCUAAAUUCAAAUGUUGCUUAUUUAUUAUUAUUAUUAUUUUUUUUUUUUACAUAAGCUGUACAUUAAAAUAGUACAAAUGAAUGUGUAUGUUGCUGCAUGCUAUACAUCUGCAUCAGAGAUACUGUAAGAUGAGUGUGUAUCGUAUAACAAUUUUGUAACAAAUACCAUUUCUACAUAUUGUACAGAAUGUCUGUUCUUAAUCUAACAGAUCAUCUGAUGUAUGUAGUCCUGUAACAAGCCCAUUAUCAAUGUUGUAUAGGGGUGCAUGACGUUGUUGGAGAGUGUCUGAAUAAAGAGAAUUAUGCUCUG